CAGCCCGUCCCCCGCGUCCGAGGCCCCGCACCCCGCACCGCCAUCGCCGGACCUCGCGGGAGAUGGAGGUCCUGGCGGCAGACACUGCAUUCCAGCAGGAGCGGCUCCAGGCCAUCGCAGAGAAGCGGAGGAGGCAGGCGGAGAUUGAGAGCCGGCGCCGGCAGCUGGAGGAUGACCGGCGGCAGCUGCAGCACCUGAAGUCCAAGGCACUGCGGGAACGCUGGCUGCUAGAGGGGACGCCAUCCUCAGCUUCAGAAGGUGAUGAGGACAUGAGGAAGCAGAUGCAGGAGGAUGAGCAGAAGGCCCGGCUUCUGGAAGAGUCCAUCUGCAGGUUGGAGAAGGAGAUAGACAUGCUGGAAAAUGGGGUGUCAGUCCCUGCUGCCCCCCAGGAGAAUGCCACCACAGCCCCCAGCCCGGCCCGGACUCCCACCUCAGCCCCAAGCCCAGCCCGGGACAGCAAAACAGAAGUGGUGAUGAAUUCCCAGCAGACCCCAGUGGGCACUCCCAAAGAACAGCAAGCUUCAAACACCCCAGGGAGGGUGGCCGGAAGCUCCCCCAUGAUGAAGGCAGCUAUGUACUCAGUCGAGAUCACAGUGGAGAAGGACAAGGUGACUGGGGAGACGAAGGUGCUGUCCAGCACCACGCUGCUCCCCCGGGAUCCCCUCCCGCAGGGAAUCAAGGUCUACGAGGACGAGACCAAAGUGGUCCAUGCAGUAGACGGUACAGCUGACAAUGGAAUUCACCCCUUGAGUUCCUCCGAGGUGGAUGAACUCAUCCAUAAAGCUGACGAGGUCACGCUGAGUGAAGCAGGGUCCACAGCAGGGCCGGCAGAGCCCCGGGGGUCCUCGGAGGAAGCUGUCCGGACCACACCUUCCAGACGAGAGAUUACUGGGGUACAAACCCAGCCUGGAGAAGCUACGUCAGGACCCCCGGGCAUUCAGCCUGGUCAGGAGCCGCCGGUCACCAUGAUCUUCAUGGGUUACCAGAACGUGGAGGACGAGGCAGAGACCAAGAAGGUGCUGGGGCUGCAGGACACCAUCAAGGCCGAGCUGGUGGUGAUCGGGGAUGCAGCCGAACCAAAGGAGCCCGCCCCACCCAACGGCAGCGCCGCCGAGCCCCCCGCCACCGAGGGCUCCCAGGAGGAGAAGCCGGCAGGGCCCAAGGCCACGGCCUCCGACGCCCAGGACCUUGACAUGAAGAAACAGCGCUGUAAAUGUUGCUCCAUCAUGUGACCCGGCCCGGCCUCUCCCCUGAACCCCUGCACCCCUCCCUUCCCCACCCCUGCCCUCUACUCCACCGAUACCCCACCAGCAGCCCAGUCCUUCCUGGAGUCUGCCCACCUUCGACUCACUACUUCACGGCCCCCUCCCCACCCCCGCCCCAAACACCGGGACACGCCUGAGUUCUCCGUGUCCCCCGAAUUUCCUUCAGCUGGAAAAGAGAGGGGACAGGGGCCCUGCUGAUCACCACACUCAACACUCACCCCGAAUCACUGAGCCGUGCACCCCUUACCAGGUGAGGGAGGGAGGGAUGGGCGGGCACGAUUUUCCAGGAAUGAGGGACCCCCCCACACCCCCAGGCCCCACCCCCCAAUAUCGUGGCAGCUCCACAGAUACAGCUCACGCCCACCGUGGUCCUGGCUGGUGUGAACUCCAUGCCGCCCUGGGCCGGGCUCGCCUGUGCCUUUCUGUCACUUCUAGAAGAUUCUCAAAGGGGACUGGGAGCUGAAGGGUUCUUGGGGCUGCCCAGGUUUGGAAGUGGGGCUCCCUGGUCAAGCAUUGGCCUUCCCAGUCGCAGGCAGUUGGGGUAGGGCCACACUUCUUUUGGGGGGACCUUGAGGUCUUCAAGUGGAGACCCCCUUGUCUGCCGUGCCCCCCUCCAGGCUUAGCCAGUGGCUAAUAGAGCUGGGGGGGGCUGGGGACACAUCCCCCACUGGGGAAGGGCCUGUCAUCCCUGGGCUGGCUUCUAGACAGAGCAGGUUAGGGGUCUUCAAACAGCCUCCCCCCUUACAUGAGGCAGGGGGCUUCUUGUCCUAAGCAUUCCCUUUCUCCCCCCCCCCGGGCCCUCCUCCCUCCUGGUGCUAAUUUGGGGAUCCCUGGGAGUGACCUUUGGCCUCUCCUUUAGCCUACUUGGAUUGGGGUUUUGGGGUCCCCCCUACCAUACCCUGGAAAUCAGACCCUGCUUACCAGCUCUGCAGAGAGGGUCUGGACAAGGAGGUCCAGCCUGGGGUGGGGUGAGGCCCCAUGGGUUGGAGCAGGAGACUCCCCCAUUUGCUACCCAGCCCCUUCUCCCCUGGCCUCCUCCCUGGAAGUGGCAAAGCUCCCCCAUAUACACAUACCUGGAGAGCAGCCACACUCGUCCCCAGAGGCACAUUCGUGCCCACGCACGCAGACACCCUCUCUUCACAAGCUGGCUUUGGGCCACCAGGCUCCAUCUCGGCCCAUCUCCAGGGCCUCUAGCCUGGUGCCCAGUGCUUAGACCAUUUCUUGGUCCCAUCAGCACCCAGAGCCACAAAGGAGGGUACAAGCCACCCCAGACGGGAGCCUGGCUCCAGUCUCUGUCACGCCCACUUUGGGAGGGGGGUGGGGGCUGGGGAUCCUGCCAUGGGAUCCCCCCCAACCGCCUAUCCCCACAUCUGCCCUGGAACCGUGAGCCUCCGCUGAAGUGCCCUGGCUGAGUCCUGCUUUCGACCUGUGACCAGGCCCCUUGAUUUUUCCCAGAGAAGCAAAUAAACAGCGUGGAAGCCCCA